CAUUCAGCUGCAUCGCUCUCUCUCUCUGGACUGAAUUUUCUCUCCAAAACAGCUCUCACUCUUGUGCGACCGGACGGCGCUGGCCAUUUUCCGGCGAGCCGGCGGGGACGACGACGACGAAGGAGCCUUGAACCCCUAUCAGAAUCACCGUGUACGGUGGCCGGCGACGCUUUUUCAGAAACGCAAGUUUUGACAAGAAAAUUAAUUUUCAAUCUACAAAAUCCAACUGUCGAAUCAAUCUCAUUUUUGGAUAUAUGAACCGCCGCGGUCGACGGAAUCCGCUGACCGGUCCAGAUCAUCGGAAUCAGUGGCCAGCGGUGGCGACGGCAACGGAGAUUCCAUGGCCUAUUUGGCAACUGCUGAAGCUUGUGAUGCCAAUGCAGCGCUGCUUGCCAGUGGUGAUCUGCGAUGUCUGCAACCCAUCUUCCAGAUUUAUGGGCAGCGUCAGGCCUUCUCAGGUCCAAUUGUGACCCUCAAGGUUUUUGAAGAUAAUGUGCUGGUGAGGGAGCUUCUGGAAAGCAAAGGUGACGGGAGAGUUCUAGUCAUAGACGGAGGAGGAAGCAUGAGAUGCGCCUUGGUGGGAGGGAAUUUAGGGCAACUGGCCCAGAAUAUGGGGUGGGCGGGUAUCGUAGUCAAUGGCUGCAUUAGAGAUGUGGAUGAGAUUAAUGGCUGUGAUAUUGGGGUUAGAGCUUUGGCAUCCCAUCCCCAGAAAUCGAACAAAAAGGGCUUUGGUGAAAAGCACGUCUCCAUUUAUGUUGCAGGAACCUUGAUCCGAGAUGGUGAAUGGUUGUAUGCAGAUAGUGAUGGAAUUCUUGUUUCAAAAACAGAGCUCUCCAUCUGAACCGGCAGCAGUAGUUGUUGUUAUGGGCUGAAUUCAUUCUCCUGUUUAGUAAGAGGAGCCAUUGAAAACGAACAUAGGAAAUGUACUCGUUUUCCCCUGACAUUGCUACGCCAAUGUACUCAGUUAUCCCAUUUAUUGAUGGAGAAUCCAUCAAUAUACAGCACUGCCUUGAUUCUUGACCUCCCCUCCCCCCAGAAUCUUUACA